GCGUUGCUCCUGUAUGAAUAUAUCAUCACAUCGCGCAGCGAGGUAUCUCUAUUCUGGAGUAGAAAGCUGUCUGCGUCGAUCCCCUUCCUCGUCGUGCGCUUCCUAGUAUUGGCGACCGCAGUCUUUGGCAUAGCCACCCACUCGACGCCGUCCAUUUGCACGAAUGUAAGUCUCGCUUGGCCGGGAACUUGAGGCAGACGAGCGAUGGCUGAUAUGCACUCGUAGUUGAGCGGAUGUAUGGCAUCCAUCAUCUUCUCUAUGUUCGUCGAAUUCUCUAGCUUAGCGAUGCUCGCAGUCAUUUCAGCCAUGCGGGUUUACGCUGUCAGUGGCCGUCAAUGGCUUAUCACAGCAGUCGCCCUUCUUGUCGGUGUAUUACCCGUCGGAGUGAAUGUGUAUGCCGCAAGCCACGCUACGAUUUACUUCGAAGGCGGGGUCUGCUCAUACGACACCAACCUAACCGUCGCUCUGUUAUCGCGUUUGGCCACCAUUGUGUGCGACGUUAUCGUCGUCGCUACUAUCUGGGUCAAGACAUAUAGCUUGGCGAAGUAUCACGCACAGACUCGGUCGUUCAAUCAAUCAUUGCUAUGGUAUCUCCUUAGGGAUGUCAUUGCGUGUAGCGUUCUUCUAAUCCUUAACGUCGUCGACAUAUUCCUCUUUUACUUCAAGAGCGAAGUCAACUUCCUCGCCAGCAUCAUACUGCCGUUAUCAUUGAUCCUUAUAUCCCGACUCCUCAUCAACCUCCGCGAGGUUGCAUCCUCUAGGGGACUCGACGAGACGUCUACGACAACGCACACUUCCUCCUUCGAGGUUCAGACGCCAUUCGAGAUGUCCACCAUCGUCUUCGGACAGGGGAUAGAAGACGGAGCGCCGAAGCGUACCGGGUUCGGAGGUGAUGCAGGCUGCUACGGCGGACACGAGAUGUUAGACUCUGUGCCGGAGGAGUGUGCUUAUCAGGAAAACGCGGACGAGAUUGAGAUGAUACACUUGGAAGCAUGAUCAUGUAGGAGACAUGGCGCUCGGGAAAAGGACACUGUAUACGUAGCUUACUGUAUUUCUUGUGCAUUCCCUCUGAUGCGGAACGAUCGUGGAAGGCGUGUCUACAUACUGCGAAAUAUUCUAGUUGUACAUAAAGCAUGGACUACCUGUACUGCGCGCUUCGCAUAUGGUGGCUGACCCUGGAUGUUCAUUCACUGAUGUGGUGACAACCCAGGAGACUCAUUGAUACAUGAAGGUGGCUGACAUGGUGGUCAGAUAGGAUGUGGGGCGCAGUACACCAUACCACCUUUCGUUCAGCCGUCACGAGUAGCGUCGUUACUGGGUUCACACUGUCACAGCAACGCACAGAAUGAGUAGCCUUCAUCCGCCAUCUGCCACCGAGAGUAAUC